UGUAUUUCCGUAUUUCUUCGUACUUCGUAUUAUCCUUAAUUAUUAAAGCUGAGCUUUUUAUCAUUUGCUAGACCUCCAGAUUCAAUGUAAACCCAGAUCGGAGCAUGAAUUUCAACAAAUACUGUGAUAACAUAUUACUCAUCUUGCAUAAUCCAUCAUGAUGACUUCAGAGCAAGAUACUAAUCAGAAAGAAUCUCGUCCCGAAUCUGUAACACUAAAGAAAGGUACAUUAUGGCAACAGAGAGACAAGUUUUUCAGUCGAUGGAAAGAAAGGUUUUUCAUUCUAACUAGUGAUUACCUGGCUUGCUUCAAGAAAGCUUCCAAGAUCGGUAUAUCUGAAAUGGGAGGCUUCCUGUAUAAGGUUAAUCUUGCUGAUGUAGAUGACCUCCAGUGGAUCGACAAAAAGCAAGACGGAGUGAUAGCGGUUCGAGUCGGCCAGGAAGAUCAGUUGCUGCUUUGGUCGUCGAAAGGUUUGGAUAACUGGAUGUUUGCACUCAGGGAUGCUGUGAAUCUCAGUAAGGGUCGCCGAGAAGCUCUGCGAAGAUCUCAGACACUGAUGCCACAACUGUCGGAUGGAGGACUGAUAGGGCGGCAUCGGGUCAAUUCUCAUCAUUCAUUAUCAGCUAGUCCUGGCCCACCUUCUCUGGUUCAUUCGGGAUCUAAUUUAGAGCUCUGCAGCAAUGCGGGACCAUUUAUGCGAUCUCUAGUAGAUAAACAUUUCAUGCCUUCAAUUAAUGAAUAUUCUAGAAGAAUGUCUGUCUUGACGGAAGGUGAUUCCAACGGCGAUACCGACUGUGAUGCUGCUUCAUCCUGUGAUUAUUACCCCGUGACACGCCACACCUUCGGUCCCCGCCUGGCGCCCCAGUGCUCUUCCGGCUCACACAGUUCCUUAGUGUCUCUGGGUCGACGGUCCGAGAACGGGCACCUGUACAAGCCCUCUCCCCGCUCCCUGCAGGUGUCUCCGGCCCUCACCCAGAGGUCCCUCUACGCGCAGCAUAUCCUGUCUUCUCCCGAGAUAUCCCAGCCUCCCGACACCAGACGCACAAAGUCUUCAGCUACCUCCGCGACUUCGGAAUUCUCCUUCGUGCACCCGGACUCGCCCGUCGCCGUGUCUUCUCUGCGUCUCAAACACAACCGUCCAGGUGAGAGCAAAAAGACUCAACCGCCGCCGUCGCAGGGGCUUCCCGGGAACGGUUAUCGGCCUUCCAGCGUCUACGGGCAACCGUCGCUCCCGGGGAACAACAAGAUGCCUCCCCCGGACGUGGUCCCAUUCGGGUCCUUCGGCCCCGACGAAGCCCGUUCGUCGAUGCCCGAGAGGUCCGCCAAGUGUUACGGUCACUCCAAGUCGGAUUCUAACUACGUCGACGAACGGCUGGAGCGUUUGCAGUCUAGUACGCAAAAGUCUGUCUUGUCCUAGAGUUUGUGUUCGGUGUCGUCCGUUCGAGGGCGGUUCCGUUUCGGCGGACGUAUCGGUUGUUGCCGGAAACGUGCUACAAAAAUACGUUAGGUUCUCGUUUCGUCGCAUGUCGGCCGGGUGGUGGGUGGCAAGUUGCGCGUGCCUUCGGACCCGGGUUCUGAACCCGUGGUCCAAGUGUUUGGUCGGUGGUUUUUCGAGAUGCAGAAAAUCGUCUGUUUCCAUGUUGCAUGAUCAUGCGACAUGUAAAAGAUCCCUUCGGGGUAUUUGUUUGGCUUUGAGUGUUCUCGGCAAAAUUAAAUCCCUGGCGCAGUUUUGCAUUAAAAAGUGCCCAUGUGCCUCCUUUUGGUGGGAAACUGGGUAUUAAAAUCCCGUAAGCAGGUAAACAGCAGUAAUUACAAAUAUUUUAUUUUUCAUUUUUUUGCAUUUUUGUCAUCUAUUGUACGUUAGCUUUAUUGUACAAGCUGGCUCUUUUGGUUUCUGCUGAAAAAAAGGCUCAAAAAAAAAAGUCUAAUUCCGACAUUUCCCUAUCUUUAUUGAGUAUUGAAUCCAGCACACAUUUCUUCAAAUAUCUCAAAAACUCAUUUCUGCUGAUAUUGUAGUUUACCCAGCCCACGGCAUCAAAAUUCUCUCUGCCAUUGACAUCUAUUCCUUAAUGUUGGCACAUGAAACCUUGGAUGCCAUUUUGGGGAUUGCACUAGGUCUGCAAAGAGAGACUUGCUGAAACAGCCCCAUUAGAAAGAAAAAAAAAUUCACUGCUUGAACCUAAUGAAGAACUUGGGCUCUACUUCUAUGUAAUGCAAUUAAAUAUUGAAGAUUUCUAGAAGGUAUUUUAAUGUCUUUCUCAGUAACAGACGUAUCUCAUGAGAUAUGCCA